GUGUGUACGGAGUCUCUCCUCAGUGACUGAGCACGUUGCUUAGGGAGUAGGAGAAACCGAUCGUCAUUUAUCACCAAUCCAGGCUAAUUCAGUGAUAAUAGGCACAUAAGGUCAAACUCUGGUGUGCAAUGAAUGGGAUAUAAUUCGAAUAGUGUGCCCAGGACAGAUGUACUUUCUGAUUGUGAUUCAAAUUUAAAACGAGGAGAAACAAACAUCAUAGAGGAACUUUUUCUGGAUCAAAUUAUUAAAGUCAACAACAGUGUAACUCUUCAACAUGUAAACUUAGUUUUGCAACUCCUCUAAUGAAAGCUGUUCACCACUCAUUAUAAUGAAUUCUUUCGUGUAAUCCGAAUAGUAAACAUUCCAUAAAGAGAAAAACUAAUAACAAAAUAGACAAAUAUGGAGGGGUUUUGUGGGGUUAAUUAAUCUGUCAUCGAUGUAGCGAAAAGGUGGAGAAAUAAUAAACUUCAAAGAAAGGAUUUCGCUUUGCCAUAUCAAAAUGAAUGAUUCUAUCGAUAACACUACGACUGUAAUGGACGAUCUGUGUCCUCAUACCGGUGUAAUUUCGUGGUACUCUUGUGUCUUUGAGCUAUAUGCACCAACUGCUUUAUUUGUGGACAAAUAUAUAAGUCCUGUUCUCUAUUUCAUUGGGCUCUUUGGGAAUAUUCUGACGAUCAAGAUUUGGAGCAGACGUAUUCGAAAAACCAAUACAUCGGCAUUGUAUCUGACAGUUCUUGCAUUGUCUGACCUUUUCAUGUUAUGCCUGCAUUCCGUGAUGGAACUUCAGUUUACAUGGGGCGUGAGUACCCUGAACAAACCUACAUGGUGCCCCGUUUUCUUCGUCUUUUAUAUGUUUGCUCAAUACAUGAGCCCCCUUCUUAUUAUGGGAUUCACUCUUGAAAGGUUCAUAUCUAUUGCCAUUCCAUUCAAAGGUGAGCGCUUUUCAAGAAGAAAUCGUGGUGCAUUAGAAAUUAUUGUGAUAAUUCUAGUUUCCAUCUUAUUGGCAGUACCUCAAAUAUUUGGAUGGACCGUACUUCCAGAUGGCGAAUGUCAAGGAACUGGAUCAAACUUUUUCGAAACCUGGAUUUGGGUUAGUGAUAUUCUAGUGUUUUGCGUAUUUCCAGUUGUCUCGUUGGUGUUGAAUAUUCUAGUGAUAAACGCGGUUUCUCGUUCAAUAAAACUUAGAAGGGAUACCGCCCCGACCUACGAAAUGAAUGGAUUCAGUAGCAAACUUUUGAAAACAAAAUCGAAAGACAACAAUCGGGUUCGUUUACGCAUCUCCACGGUGACACUCCUGUGUGUCUCUUUCUACAGAAUUUUCACCGUUAUCCCAGUUGCUAUAAUAUUUGCUUUACAGUACAGAAUUCCACCUGGAGAUCAGACUUUAUCUGUGAGUGAAAUAGGAACAGACUCAACAUGGAGAGCAUUCUUUGACUAUUUCACCGCGAAAAAGAUAAUUGAUGAGAUCGGACUUUCGCAAUACUCCUGUAACGUUUUCCUCUAUUACAUGACGGCAAAUUACUUCCGGAACGAAGUGUGCAGACUCUUUCAGUCAUUAACAGAAUGCAGAGUAAGAAAUUCCGAUGCGAGAGGACGCAAAAGUGGCACUGAGAUUUCGACAAAAGGGACUGUUGUUAGUUUGCGGAAGUCAUUUUAUGAUUAGAGGCUGAAAUGUGAAUUUAAUGAUUUCUUUGAAAGGAUCUGACCGUAGCUUAAAUGAGGCAGUGAAGUAUAAGUAUGUGAUAAAGCAUUCCGAUUUCCAAUUUUUUUUAGAUUUCUUAUGACUUUUCUCCAAAUCGUCAUAUCAUAAUCAUAAAUGCAUACAUCUAUAUGCUUUGAGCAGAACUGGUCUGUUUUAAUGUUUUGUGACAUUAAAUUUGAUUUUGUCGCGCUUAGAAUUUGGAUUAAAUUCAAAUGUUUAUCAAAUAUAUUAGUUUUUUUAUUGCUCUUAUUAGUUUCCUAAUAAAUGUGUAUUUUAAAACUGA